UGAAAACCCAUUUUGGGCCUUGUGUUCUGACUGAGGUGAGGGCUGAUUUUACAUCCGCACAGUAGUCUGGUUAAAGGGUCUUUAUCUCCCUUCCUUCUUCGACAAGCCAUUACCCAUGUCACCCGUUGAAUUGCUGGAAGAGGACUGGUGUUCCCUAGCUUCUUCUUGUUCCUCGACUUCCUCCCGCCGGUGAAUCUGCUCCUAUUUUUAGUCGAUUUUUUCUGGCAAAAAGAAUAAACAUCUCCUAUUUUUAGUUAUAUGUUAAACCUUGCUUGUCUGUAACAUAGAGUAAACGAGAGAGCAUGGGAGAGGAGGGGAACACAUGGAGCCCAGAUCAUGAAGAUAUUUUCGUGCGGCUACUUGUCCAAGCAGUGGACCGUGGAGGCAUUUCUCAUGGCUCUGUAGGCAGCAAGACUUGGCCUGAAAUUUACAACGUAAUGCUAGGGCUGACAGACCUGGAGUGGACUUUGGACCAACUGCAAUCCAAAUACAAUAAGCUAAGAACUGACCAUAAAGAGUUCUCAGAACUCUUGACAGAUAAAACUGGUUUUGGGUGGGAUCCCAUUUCCAAUACUGUCGUUGGCAUGGAAGCACAGUGGCAAAGUUACUUGAGGGUGAAUAAAAAGGCAUGUCGCUUUCGCAAGGAAGGUUGCCGCAACUACGAGCAAUUAGGGAUUGUUUUCAACCGUUCCAAAGUGACGGAUGUUCUCCGGGAGGAAGAAGUGCUCACACACCAUAUACGAAGCGGUGAGCGGAAGAGUAAAGGUAAAGGUAAGCAAUGUGUGACAGACGUAUCAAUGGGGGUCAGUAAUAGAUCUUUGAGGAGCUCUAAAAGUAUGGUUGAUGCGGAACGUUACAUCAUGUUCAAAGAGAUUACAGAAAUGGCGAAGGCGAGAACAGAGCAGCUAAUUAUCAAGACCAACCAGCUUAAGGCUUCGUCGGGUGUCAAAAGCGCCGGCAUAUCAGACCAUCCAAUGGCUCGCUGCGUUGAUUUGCUCAACGAGCUGGCGCCGGAGUUUCCUGAUGAGGUAUAUUGUAAGGCAAUGAAGGAGUUGAUGAGUGAGCAACUCCAGUGGGCUUUCAUUAGGAUGACUCCCCAUUGUAGAAGGCUCUGGUUAUCAACGUUGUUGCCCUAGGACUCCUGUUUCUGCUACUUUGGUUGUCCUGAAUCCUGAUGUUGCUGCUGACUGCUGUAUGCUUGAUGUUGUGGUUUUUAUCCAAUUGUGUUGUGGGUUAUUUGAUUUUGUAUUAUGUUGAACUUAUUUGCUCUUCUGUAUGAGCAAGCAAUGGCUGUAAAUAUGUCCUUAACUCUUUGCUAUAUGUGUGAUCUUUAUGUAAUAGUUGAAUUUGUGAUCUUUAUGCUCUAAACUUUUAAGUGUCA